AUGUCAAUGACGGGUGAAAACGGGGAAAUCAGAAUGUCAUGCUCUUUGGAUUAUAGCUCUCUUGAAACCCUAGAUCAUGGUCGUCAUCUUCCACAGCGAGAUUACCAGCAAGAACCACCAAGUUCAAACCCAGAACGGUUCUCCGAUGCCGGAAUUAUCAAGAGUGCAACAAAUGCACCCAUUUCAGGCGGAUCUAAACCAAAAACACCAUCAACACCGCCCAGUAGGUACCGGCAAUGCCUCAAGAACCACGCCGCGAGCAUGGGCGGCAACGUCACCGACGGCUGCGGAGAGUUCAUGCCGAGCGGCGACGAAGGAACGGUGGAAGCUUUGAAGUGCGCCGCCUGUAACUGCCACCGCAACUUCCACCGUAAAUUAGGCAACUGCGACACCGUUUUGGUGCAUCCACUUCCGCUACCUCCACCAUUGACAAGGAGUACAAUACCAACACUCACCCAUAGUAACCACUGGAAUUCUUCCAUAGUUCAACCUGUGAAAAUUGCAUUUGGUGAUGGAACUGUAAGUGUAGCCACCGACUCAUCAAGUGAUGGUCAAGAGCUCAAUUUCAAUGCGUUUCAGUCAAAUUCAGCGCUGCCGCAACCACCACCACAGCCACCAUUUGGGUUGGCGAAGAAGCGGUCUCGGACGAAGUUUACAAGGGAUCAGAAAGAUAAAAUGAUGGAGUUUGCAGAGAAGGUUGGGUGGAGGAUUCCAAAGGAAAGUGACGCAGAAGCCCAGAGGUUUUGUGCUGAAAUUGGGGUGAAGAGACAGGUUCUGAAGGUUUGGAUGCACAAUAAUAAGAACCAUGGAAAGAAACAGCCUCAAGAACCAUAG